ACUGAAUAAUGCACUCUCACCGACUGGCUUCUCUAUUGGUAGUCUAUCUCACUGCCAUUUCUUAGCUUCACUCCAUUUGGAACCCGCGCUUUCGCCGGAGCAUCGCCGGAAGAUCGUCAGACCGACGUGAUUCACCGAUUCAUCCCCCAAAUCUUCGUGAUGAAAGGAGAACCUUCUGUUCAACCAUACAUACCCCAAGUUGCAGAUGAACAUAAACCUGAAGUUGGUCAGGAGUUUCAAACAAUUGAAGGGGCAUAUGCGUUUUAUAAUAGAUAUGCAAGAGAAGCUGGAUUUAGUGUUAGAUUGAGUAAUAGUAGGAAGAGACCUGGUACCGGUGAACUCAUUUGGAAAAAAAUUGUUUGCUAUAAGGAAGGAGAAACAAAUGAAACUUAUCAGAAAAAAUUUAAAUAUGCAGUGGCACGAAGUGGUGAAAGGACUCGGGGAAUUGUCCGUGUGGGUUGUAAGGCUAAGUUAACUUUGGUUAAGCGAAAUCCCCCCCUUUGGACUGUCAGUAAAUUUGUAGAGGAACACAAUCAUGAACUUGCAACUCCUAGUAAAGUCCACUUGCUAAGAUCCCAUUCUCGGUUGUCAAGUGCAAAAGAGACAUCGGUUCGACGGUCAUCUGAUGAAAAUGUAUCAACAAGUAAAAAAGCAAGAGUAACAGGGAUUGAACAUGGUGCAGAUACAGAAAGAGAUAUUAGAAACUGUAAAGCAGAGUUGUAUGAAGGAGAGUUGAGAGAAGAAGUGAUGCAAAUCGAUGGAGAGACGUUGAUUGAAUUGUUUGUAUUAGAGAGGGAAAAAAAUCAUGGCUUUUACUUUGGUUUUGAAAAAGACAAAGAAGACAGAUUGGUUAGGUGCUUUUGGGUCGAUCCUUACUCGAGGAGGUCGUAUACUUUUUUUGGCGAUGUUGUUGCUUUUGAUACAGUGUACAACACAAACAAAUAUGGGAUGAUUUUUGCUCAAUUUACAGGGUUUAAUCAUCAUGGUCAGGUUACUAUGUUGGGUUGUGGGCUUUUAUGUGAUGAGACAACGGAAUCCUUUGUUUGGUUAUUUAAUCAGUGGAUGAAUGCGAUGUCUAAAGUUGUACCUCAAAUGAUAGUCACAGACCAAGUUCCUGCAAUUUCAAAAGCUGUCGCCCAAGUUCUUCCAAAGACUUUUCAACGUUAUGGUUUAUGGCACAUCUUAUAUCAAUUUUCUGAAAAGAUUAAUCCUUUAAUUUCUGUAGAAAACUAUCAUUUGUUGAGGAACAUUAUUUUGAACUCAGAGACAAUUGAAGAGUUUGAAAGAAGCUGGAGGGGUAAGAUACAAAAAAAUAAAUUGGAAGAUAAUGAUUGGCUUUGCCAAUUAUAUGAAGAGCGUGGUAGAUGGGUCCCAAUAUAUGUUAAGCACAUGUUUGCAGCAGAAGUGUCAAGUAGUCAAGCAACAGAAAGUUGUCAUUCAUUUCUUGAAAGGCGCAUUUCAAAGAAGCACUCAUUGAUGGAUUUUAUCAUACGCUUUAAUAGAGCACUUCAACAACAACGGUAUGAAGAGUUGAUGGCUGACCAUUAUGAUAUUAAUGAACAACCACUACUGCAAUCCAUGUGGCCGAUUGAGAAACAAAUGGCAAGGGUUUAUACAAGAAAAGUUUUUCAAUCUUUUCAAGAUGAGAUAUUUGAGAGCAGUGCCUGUAUCAUAAAUAACCUGUGUGAAGAUGAAGUGAGUGUCUCUUAUGCUGUUCAAACAUUUGAAGAAUGUUCAUCAAAAUCUCAAAAACUUGUUUAUAAUAAGUUGUCGGAUUUUGUAUCUUGUAGUUGUCAACAGUUUGAAUAUAAAGGAAUUCCAUGUAGGCAUAUGCUGACAUAUUUUAGGAUUAAACAAUUCCUGCAAUUGCCAACUCAGUAUAUUCUUCAAAGAUGGACGAAAGGUGCAAAAAAUGGUCCUCUUUGGGAAAAGAGUGGUGGAGAAAUAAAAAGUUUCCAGAGCCGAUCAUUGAUGUCAAGGCAUGCAAAAUUGUCUCAAUUGUUUUCAACUGUUAUCGAUGAUGCAUCUCUCACUGAGGAAGGGACUAAUGUCUUACUGAAUAUGUUGGAAGACAUUCAAAGUAGAGUUAAGAAAAUUAAUAUGGGUAAUGGUGUUGAACAUGUGUCAACAAGAUGAAAUACCAUUGAAGGAUAUUGGAGUAUAAAUCUCCAGAAGAUCAAAAGCGUGUUCAUUAGUAAUCUGCCAGUCGGAUCGUGUACUCACUUACAGCCAGAGUGGAAGCGAACCAUCAAGAUAAAAAGCUGUGAUUGAGGGAGGUUUGCAAGAGAUUCAUAGAGAAAGUAGUGACAGAACAUGAAGAUGAUGAUGAUGAUUGCUCUUUGAGCGAUUGGAAAAUCUUUGGUAGUCUCUUUUUAGUUUCUGUAGGUUAAAAGUUAGUGUUCUUUCCUUUUUGGUGUGGUAGCCGGCUCAAUUUGUGCAUCUGUGUAGCUUGACAACCCUUUUUGUUUUUGGAUUUUUUCAUUCUCUAUGGAAUAUAUAUAUAUAUAUAUAUGUAUAUAUUUAUUAUAACUUUCUUUUAUUAUUAUUAUAAUGAUUAUUAUUAUUUUUUAUUCUC